AUGAGCCUGUCCUUCCUCGGCCUCCUCCUCCUCGCCCUCCUCGCCCGCGCCCGGCGGGAGCAGGUGCCCGGCGGGGCGCCGGCCGCCCGCGCCGCCCCCGCGCCUUCCUCCUCCUCCUCCUCCUCUUCCUCCUCCCUGGCGGCGGCGGCCGCGGGGCCGAGCCGCUUCCCGCGGAGCCGCCCGGGGCGCCGCCGCGGCCGCCUCUACUGCCGCGUGGGCAUCGGCUUCCACCUGCAGCUGCACCCCGACGGCCGCGUGGACGGCGCCCACCUCGCCGGGCCGCUCAGUAUUUUGGAAAUAUUUGCUGUGUCUCAGGGGAUUGUAGGAAUACGAGGAGUUUUCAGCAACAAAUUUUUAGCGAUGUCAAAAAAAGGAAAACUCCAUGCAAGUGCCAAGUUCACGGAGGACUGCAAGUUCCGGGAGCGCUUUCAGGAGAACAGCUACAACACGUACGCCUCGGCCGCCCACCGCAGCGAGCGCUCGGGCCGCGAGUGGUACGUGGCCCUCAACAAGCGCGGCAAGGCCAAGCGCGGCUGCAGCCCCCGCGUGAAGCCCCAGCACGUCUCGACCCACUUCCUGCCGCGCUUCGGGCGCGCCGAGCAGCCCGAGCUCGCCUUCACCGUGGCCAUGCCCGAGAGGAAGAAGAGGCCGCCGCGGCCGCCGCCUCGGGCCAAGGCCCCGGCGCCGCGCAAGCACUCGGCGCCCGUCAAAUACCGCCUCAAGUUUCGGUUCGGGUAG